AUGUGUUUUCGUCUCUCUCUCCCAGAUUGUCCACUUACUGUUGGUCAAAAGCGAGCAAUUGAAUUAGUUGAUUCAAAUUCUAUUGGUAACAAAGAAAUUGAAAUGAUUAAUUUAAAAAAGCGAUGUAUUGAUAUUGAACAGCGUGUUGAAUUUUUGGAGAACAUAUUUUUAUCAAUUCAGCAACAUAUGACUAGUGUUCAAAAUUUUUUCAAUGAUAUUAUACAAAGCUCGAAUAAUGAUAAUGAUGUUAUCAUGUUAAAUAAUAAUGAUUUUGUUACGGUCAAUAAUGAUGAUCUUGUUACCGUAAAUAAUGAUGAUGAUAAAACAGCAAAUGUUAUUACAAUAUUAAAUAUUGAUGAUGCAACAUUAGAUUCAUUAAAAAAAGAAAAGUCAACAUCAACAGCUCGCUCAAUACUCAAGUAUCUUUAUCCAAAUCCUGAACUAAAUUUUAAAUUAUCGAAUAUGGACAAAGCACUUGUUGAUGCAAUCGUUGGUAAAUCCAGUUUUUUCAUUUUCAUAAUUUAUUUGUUUUUGUUACAUAGAUUGUGUGCAAAAGGCGCAUGCAAGUGAAUUAACGACAACGGCAGAAAUAAAACAUGCUAUGUCUAAUUAUUUUGGUUUACUUAAUUACAAGAAGAAAAAUAAAUCUACCGUUUCAAAGAAAAUAGUUAAAAAAAGAAGCAAUUGAACAUUCAUAAAGACGGAUAAAAAUUCUUCUCUUGAUGUUUUGAAAUGUGUAACUAUUUUUUUUUUGUUUUAUAUUUAAAUCUCAGUAUAACUUAUUGUUUUUCAUAUUUAAAUUUCUACGUAGAAGAAUGAUUACCAUGUAGAUUGUUCUUCUGACUACUUCUUAUAUUCAUUAUGUUGUUAUUAAUUAGAUCUUUUCUUUUUCUUUUUUUAUCGAUGAUUAUACUAGAAUUAGUUUUCAUUCAAAUUUAUCAUUUAUUUUUUUAUUUAAACAUAUUAUACAAGAUUUACUGGAAACAUUUUUAUAUUAGAAGUAAUCGUUUUAUAAAAAAAACAAACAUUAAAAGUUUUGAAAUAAAAUAAAACUUCUAAAAUUAAUUCAAGAUUUUUAUUUUCAUUAUUUUACAGUUUCAUCUAUAGCUAAAAACAAAAUUAUCCUGUAUAUAUUCUUCUUCCAUUUCUUUAAUUUAAUAUUAUGAAAUAUUAAUUAGAAAUACAAUCUCUAAGAAUUAGACAUGAUGAAAAAAUGUAAUAAAGAUUUGACAUAUAGAAAUAAAUUCAACAAUUGAUCCUUUGUUAAUUUAUUUACUAAUUCAUUUUAUUCUUAAUUUGAUAAUUAUUAAAAAUAUAAGUUCAUUUGAAACAGGAUAGAAUACAUAAUCAACAAAGAAGUAAAAAUAAGAACAUGAAAGAGUUCAUUCAUAAUAAUGAUAAAUCUUAAACGAAUAUUUUUUUUCAAUGAAAUUGAUACCUAUGACUGCGUCGAUUGUUGUUUUAUAAGGAAAAAACGAUGUUAUCUCAUUAUCAUUUCGGCACUGAUUUUUUUUAUUAUCUUGUUGUGUAUUAUCUAAUGAUUAAAAUUUAAAAAAAGAAUUAAUUGAUCAAAAAAGAUCUUAUUUCUUAUUCACAAUAAUUAAGAAUGUUUGUGUUGG